CUUACGUCUCCAACAACCAUGAGAGACGCCUCCUGCAUCCGCUCCUGGCUCUGGCUGCUGCUGGCUGCCUCUGCUCAGGUCUCCGGACAGCAACCACAGGAGAGACCUGUUUUCACAUGCGGUGGCAUUCUAUCUGGAGAAUCUGGACUUAUUGGCAGUGAAGGGUUCCCUGGAGUCUACCCUCCAAACAGCAAAUGUACUUGGAAAAUCACAGUACCCGAAGGGAAAGUCGUUGUUCUUUACUUCCGAUUCCUAGACCUAGAAAGUGAUAACUUGUGUCGCUAUGACUUUGUGGAUGUGUACAAUGGCCACACCAAUGGGCAACGCAUUGGUCGCUUCUGUGGGACUUUCAGGCCAGGAGCCCUCGUGUCCAAUAGCAAUAAGAUGCUGGUGCAGAUGAUUUCGGAUGCUAACACAGCGGGGAAUGGCUUUAUUGCUAUGUUUUCUGCAGCGGAACCAAAUGAAAGAGGGGAUCAAUAUUGUGGAGGACGACUACAAAGACCUACAGGUUCCUUUAAAACACCUAACUGGCCGGAUCGUGAUUAUCCUGCAGGAGUCACUUGUUUAUGGCAUAUUAUAGCCCCAAAGAAUCAGGUAAUCGAGGUCAAGUUUGAGAAGUUUGAUGUGGAACAAGAUAACUAUUGCAGAUAUGACUAUGUGGCUGUAUUCAAUGGGGGAGAAAUCAAUGAUGCUAAAAGAAUUGGAAAAUACUGUGGAGACAGACCACCUGCGCCCAUUGUGUCAGAGCGGAAUGAGCUCCUCAUUCAAUUCUUAUCAGACUUGAGUUUAACUGCUGAUGGCUUUAUUGGCCACUACAAAUUCAGACCAAAAAAGUUACCUACAACCACAGUCCUCCCUGUUACAACGACAUCUCCUGCACCCACAAGUUCAAGACCUACUGUGGCCCUAUGUCAACAAAAAUGCAGAAGAACUGGGACUCUGGAGAGCAAUUAUUGUUCAAGUAACUUUGUGCUAGCUGGUACUGUUAUCACAACAAUGACAAAGGGUGGAAGCUUGCUCGCAACAAUAUCAAUCAUCAAUGUAUACAAGGAAGGAAACCUGGCGAUUCAGCAAGCUGGCAAGAACAUGAGUACCAAGAUUACUGUUGUUUGUAAGCAAUGUCCUCUCAUCAGAAGAGGUCUAAAUUACAUCAUCAUGGGUCAGGUGGAUGAAGAUGGUCGAGGAAAGAUCACACCAAACAGCUUUAUCAUGAAUUUCAAGAUGAAGAAUCAAAAAAUCCUGAAUGCCUUGAAAAAUAAACGCUGUUAAAGAAGAAAGAUAUCAAAUAAAGCUGCAUUCUAGUAUAUCUUAUGGAAGAUCUAUUUUCAUUCAGUAGGAAAAAAAGUCUUUAAAAUUAAAUACUGGGCAUUCCCGAAAGAUCAGCUUGAUAUAAUGUGGCCUCACUUAACAGUGAUG